UGCUCUGAUUGGUUUAAAGAGUGUUCAUGUCGAUGUGGAGUAGGAGGCUCUAUCAGUUUUGAUUUAAUCUUUGCCAUUAAAAUGCUGCUCAAUAAGGUCUUCAGAGCCGGUCUUCAGUCUGGGAUUCGUCUGCAGAGCUCCGGUGCUGCAGCAGCUUCAGCUGCUUCCAGCAGUCCUGCCGGAUCCCUCGGCUACUCGUUUGAGCUGACGGAUCAGCAGAAGGAGUUCCAGCAGCUGGCGAGGAAGUUUGCUCGUGAAGAGAUGAUCCCUGUUGCUCCUGCUUAUGACAGAAGCGGUGAGUAUCCGUUCCCCAUCAUUAAGAAAGCGUGGGAGCUCGGUUUGGUGAACGGUCACAUUCCACAGGAAUAUGGUGGAAUGGGUCUGCCCAUCUUUGACUCCUGCCUGAUCACAGAGGAGUUGGCGUACGCCUGCACAGGAAUGCAGACCGCCAUAGAGGCCAACUCCCUGGGACAAAUGCCUGUUAUUCUCGCUGGAAACGAGGCCCAGAAGAAGAAAUACCUGGGGAGGCUGACGGAGGAGCCUCUCAUGUGUGCCUACUGCGUUACUGAACCCGGGGCGGGUUCUGAUGUGGCCGGCAUAAAGACCCGAGCGGUGAAGUCGGGCGACGAGUACGUCAUCAACGGACAGAAGAUGUGGAUCACCAACGGAGGGAAAGCUAACUGGUAUUUCCUUCUGGCCCGCACCGACCCUGAUCCCAAAUGUCCAGCCAGCAAAGCUUUCACUGGCUUCAUCGUGGAAGCAGACACUCCUGGAGUUCAAAUAGGAAGGAAGGAGCUGAACAUGGGUCAGAGGUGCUCCGACACCAGAGGCAUCACCUUUGAAGACGUCAGGGUGCCCAAGGAGAACGUCCUGAUCGGCGAAGGAGCCGGUUUCAAAAUCGCCAUGGGUGCCUUUGACAACACCAGACCACCGGUCGCAGCAGGAGCGACAGGUUUGGCUCAGAGAGCUCUGGAUGAAGCCACCAACUACGCCUUGGAGAGAAAGACGUUCGGCCGGCCCAUCGCCGAGCAUCAAGCCGUGUCGUUCCUGCUGGCUGAGAUGGCCAUGAAGGUGGAGCUGGCCAGGAUGGCGUACCAGCGGUCCGCCUGGGAACGGGACCAGGGUCGCAGGAACACCUACUACGCCUCCAUCGCCAAGGCCUUCGCAGGUGACAUYGCCAACCAGGUGGCCUCGGACGCCGUGCAGAUUUUUGGAGGCAACGGCUUCAACAGCGACUACCCAGUGGAGAAGCUGAUGAGGGACGCCAAGAUCUACCAGAUCUACGAAGGCACAGCUCAAAUCCAAAGGCUCAUCAUCGCCAGAGAACACCUGGGAAAGUUCAAGAAAUGAACCGAGCCGCUGGACGCAUCGUCUGUACAUAACAUUUCUGUAAAACGAGCCAUCCGCUGAAAGACGCAGCUGUAGAUGUUUGCCUUAUAAAAAAUAAAUAAAUCUGAUUGUGAAAAUAAAAAAUAAAUAAAUCUGAUUGUGAAAAUAAAAAUGAAGACCACUGUUUUACAUCAUCAUGAAGGAAAAACCCGUCAACUUUUUAAUUUGCAGCACAUCCAAUUUAACGGGAUUUAUUUGCUUGUCACUAUAAGAUUAUUUGUUGAUUAUUUCUAAGCAUUAAUUAUUGUUUCACUGUUGAUAUCAAGCCUAAAUUGACAAACUUCUUACAGUUGAACUUGACACAAUUUCAAAUUUCAUCUUCACACUUACGUUUUUUCUUUUUCUUUUUCUUUUCUUGCUCUGCACUUAUUCAUGCCUUAACCUAUUUUUAACAUCUAACUGCACUUAUUGUAAAGAUCAUAUCUGUAAAACAAAUGUUUAAAUGAAUUUUUUUCACCAGAAUGUGGAGAGAUGUUAGUGUGUAAAGCUUGAGGSUGUCUGUGGUGUUUGAUGAAUUGUCUCAGCAUGUAUUCAAAUUUUAGUUUCAUUCUGGAAGACUUGCUUAGUUUUGAUUUUUAGAAACAUCUGUGUAAUUUAUUUGUAGUUAAUAAAUUUGGCCCYAGAAUUAAGGAAA